AUGAGUCCAUCGCUCUUCAGCAACGAACACUCGCGCGGCCCGCUCUACCGGUACUGGAAAGAGCAAGGCGAGGAAGAGAAGUCGCUGCGAGACCAACGGAUCCAAGAAGCCAGACUGCGCAGCAAGGGCAUCCUGCCCAUUAACCCGACCUUUGGGCCCUCCAGCAACGACCAGUACACGAGUCGCGCGACCAGCGGUCCUCCUGCUUACCGGCCCGACGAGACGACCGAGACGUCCACUGGCAGUACUACAGAUGACGCACCUAGAAGCCGGGGUCGAGGACCUCCAUCCGACCCGGACGCAGAGCCACGACCGCAAUCACAUCCACGCACAGAGCCACUGCCGUCGUAUGACACAGCCACAGCCACCGGCUCGGCGGCGGCGGCGGCUGGACCCCGAGAGCAGCAAUCCUCAUCUCCGAGCACGCAUCUGUAUCCGUCCGCGGAAGAGGAGAAGGCGCGGCUGCGAGAUCUCGAAGACCAGAAGCGGCAGAUGGCCGACGAUGCCGCCAUCGCGCAGACCCUGAGCGGCGACCAAGACGUCGAGGUCGAUGCCGAUGCCCAGAUACGCUCCCUGAGCGACGAGCCUGUGCAGGACCGCGGCAAGGGAGGGCAGCCUGAGCGGAGAAAGAGCGCCGCCGGCAAAAUCGGCAGAUGGCUGGCCGACGCUGCCAGCGGCUACACCAAGAAACAAGAACGGUGGUGA